GUCCACAUUAGAUAACAGUAGUGCUUUGUUUAUCAGGUUGGCACUCAGUUAAGGUUUAUUGGCCAACUCAGCUGUGCAGUGACUGUAGCUCUUCUAAACGCUCAGACAGUCAUGGCUCUCCUGUCCUUCCUUACGCCCGUCCUAGCGGUGAUCCUGUGCCUGGUGGUAGGUUUCAUGCUGGUGAAAUCUCAGAAGACUGAGGCCAACUCCACAGCCAAGGGCAAAAAUAAAAGGGCGUCAAAGUCGGACUUCAGACCGUGGGUGGAUCAGGACUUACAGGAUGAUACAGAGAUCACAACUGGUGGAAGAGAUGAUGACGAGUGGGUGGACAGUAAUGAGGAGGAGGAUCUUGCACAUGUGCCCUACUCACCACCUUGUUACUGCGAGGAGACAAUGCUGCAGAGAUCCAAGAGUUUUUACAUCUUGAUGAACCAGCGAAGGUCUGUACGAUUCAUCAGUCCAGCGCCAGUCCCAAGAGAAGUCAUCGAUCAUGUUAUUCUCACUGCAGGUACUGCACCUAGUGGAGCACACACAGAGCCCUGGACGUUUGUUGUGGUGUCAGAUCCAGAGACAAAGCAUCAAAUUAGGCUGAUAGUGGAGGAGGAAGAAGAGAUGAACUACCGCCAGAGGAUGGGGGAUAAGUGGGUUCAAGAUUUGGCUAAAUUAAGAACAAAUUGGAUUAAGGAGUAUUUAGAUGUUGCUCCAUACCUGAUCCUCAUCUUUAAACAGACCUAUGGGAUUCUACCAAACGGCAAGAAAAGGACACACUAUUACAAUGAAAUCAGUGUCUCCAUAUCCUGUGGAAUCCUGCUGGCUGCCUUACAGAACGUGGGUCUUGUUACAGUGACGACUACACCCCUCAACUGUGGCCCUCAGCUCAGGCUCCUCCUUAAGCGUCCAGCUAACGAAAAGCUGCUGAUGCUUCUUCCUGUAGGUUAUCCUGCUUCUGAUGCCACAGUGCCAGACUUAAAACGCAAGCAGCUGGAUGAUAUUAUAGUGCACAUCUAAACACAUCAGUUGCAGAGAAAAAAAAGAAAACAAAAAGAAAAAUUUUUUAUUCUUUUAAAGGCACAAACAGCUGUGAUGAGGUCUUUAGAUCUGCACAAAUUUAUAUGUGUUUUAUCUUGCUGUAUAUUGUCACUCUUUGAAAAAUAUCUUAGAAUCAAACCAUGAUAUUGUUGUUUUUUUUCUUUUGUUUUUCUUUUAUCAAUAAAGCAAUCAUGCUGGGAUUUUUCUGCCCAUUUUACA